CACGCCGUCGUCCGAGACAAUGGCCGCCAUCGUCGCGAACAUCGCGAGGCCCGCGGGGGCGAAGGCGCUGACCGGCUUCCGUCCGGCCGGCGCCUCCCGCGUCCGCGCCCGCGCGCCCCUCCGCGUCUCCGCAUCCUCCGCGGUGGCGCCCCGCCUCGCGCCGAUGGGCGACUCCCUCGCGGUCGCAGCCGCCGUCGCCGGCGUCAACGCCGCCUCCCGCGGCCUCGGCGCGAAGCCCUCCGUGGGCGCCAAGCUCGGGGACUGGUUCAGGACCCAGCAGGAGGCCGGCAAGGACCUCGUCGCGAAGAUCGACUUCCAGGACGCCACCGUCAUCGCGGUGAUUGGAGCCGUGAUGUCCUACAAGGAGAAGAAGAUGGUGGCGCUCAUCACCCAGGCGGUCGGCUCCUUCAUCAAGCUCUACCUGCUCAUGCUCUUCGUCCGCGUGCUCCUCACGUGGUUCCCCAACGUCGACUGGAUGAGGCAGCCGUGGGCGAUCCUGAGGCAGGUCACCGACCCGUACCUCAACCUCUUCCGCAACCUCAUCCCGCCCAUCAUGGGGCAGAUCGACUUCACCCCGAUUCUCGGUUUCAUGGUGCUCCAGUUCCUCGCCAAGGUGCUCUCCUCGGAUCCGUCCGUGGGCAGGUUCUGACGAGACGAACGCGCUGAGUGUGGAGACGAGGAGCGGGUCGUCGUCGCGCGCGAGGCGCGGUCGGUCGGCUGGUCGACCGCGCGGGUUGUGGGGGUGUGUUUUGUCGGGCGGGACGUUGAUGUGUUAUAUGAGUACGUCGUCG